AUGAUACGCGCACAGGAGGAUAUCCUAGAUUUCGCUACCAUUCGCCAGAUUAACUGGGACGUGCACCUUGGUGACCUGGUUACAGCUUGUGGAACAUUGCAACGCAAACGCCACGAACCAGGACACCAAGAUGGCUGGCUCUUCGUGCUGCACUCGAUUCAGGUGGACGAACUCUGGAGUCUGCGUCAUGAGGGCACCGUAUUCAGCUACACUGAUUGCACAAACCCAGACUCGACGAAUGCAUCGUCAGCUGCUGUAAAGGGAUCGUGGGUGUUGCUGCCAUCAUCAAAAGCAGGAGCAACGAAUAAGUACACCAACAUGGUCGUGCUCGACGGCUUCAAUGCCUGCAAGUACUAUUUCUCUUCUUCUGGCGGCGCGAAUUGCUUGCGUGGCGAACAAUGUCACUUCUGGCAUGGACGGCCAGAGGAGUUCGAGGAAAAUCGACGGCGUUGGAUGGCAAAGCGACUCGAGCAACGCGCUAAAGCUGCACAUCUUGCCGGUGAUAGUGGAGAUCCUCACUCUAAAAUCGACAAAGCGCAACGUAGCCGCAUUUUCUGCGACUGGCUUGUGGACUCACUAGGUGAGGAUAAUCUUGCUGCUGGAACAGGCGUCGUUGAUGUUGCUGGUGGCAAAGGUGAUAUUCCCAUUCAACUCUGGAUCGAACGAGGCAUCCCAACAACGCUUAUCGACCCCAGACCAAUGAAGCUCGGCAAAUACAAUCGUAAGCUUGUAGCUAAAGCCGAAUCUACUCAGGGUCGUAAAAUGAACUCUCAACUACUCCGUUGUCUCGACGAUGAAACAUUGAAGCUGCACUCAGAGCUGUUCACAGACUCUUCCGUCCUCGUUGGAAUGCACCCGGACGAAGCCACUGAAGCAAUCGUCGACGCUGCACUGACACUAGGCAAACCGUUUGCUAUCGUGCCUUGUUGCGUGAUGAGCCGAGUGUUUCCAGAUCGACAAUGCCAGGAUGGCACCCCUGUAGACACUUACGACACGUUCGUAAGGUAUCUCUUAGAGAAGCACCCUUCCAUUCAAAGGGAGUUCCUACCUUUUGCAGGUCGCAACCAGGUUCUUUACCUGUUCAAAUACAGCAACAAACGGGAACUAAGCGCUGACAGAGUCAAGACAGCUGUAAGUUCAUACAUGUAA